AAAUUCGAUCCCAUUGAAAACAUCACAUGUAUCUGGUUUUCUCUGGAAAAAUAUGUUCUCAAGUAUGAAAUUUCUCUGUUUUCUCUAAGUCUUAUUAACUCUCAUUUUUCAACUAUUUGUUUAUUCUUCAGGACAAUAUGGGCGGAGUCUGGAUAUGAAAAACAAGUCUGCUAGCUGAAAAUAUGUGGGCGGAGUCAGUAACUGUCAUGCGACGAAAGACAUGAAUCUGUGCGCGAAGUAACAAUAUAAAAAGGAAAAAAUCCCAAAAACUUUUGCCAAGAUGAUGAGCGUUCCAGUGAUGGCUGACGAAGGAACCAAGUGGGAUUGGCCACUUCAAAAGGGAGAUGGAGUUGUCAAUGUCCUCGACGACGAUGAUCACUUCGAAGUAGGCCUAGAAGCCCAUAACUUCCUCCCAAAAGAGAUUGAAGUCAAGAACAUUGGAGAACUUCUUGAAAUCCAUAUGGAGCACAAUGUAAAGAAGGAUUCAUUUGGAGAUGUCUCUCGUAACAUUACUCGUUGUUACAAACUUCCAAAGAAUGUUGAUAUGAAGACAAUCAAGAGCAACUUGGAUUCACAUGGAAUUCUUCACAUUGAAGCAAGAAAAAUGCAUUAAACAGACAGGAGAAUCAAAUUUAAUUGAAAUCUCAAUUUCUAUUUUUUAAUUCGAUUAUUUCCGGAAAUAAGUAGCCAAACUUCUCUUUUGUAAAUAAAUAAUUGUAUAUAUAUAUAUAUAUAUAUACGCACUGGUAAUACACGAAUCCCGUUUAAA